GCCAAAACCAGGCCCAGGGAGCACCCUGAGCCGCAAAAGCGGGCGCCCUCAGGCACCAUGAGCGGCCGAGUCGGGGACCUGAGCCCUCAGCAGCAGGAGGCCCUGGCCAGGUUCCAGGACAACCUCCAGGACCUGCUGCCCACCAUGCCCAAAGCUGACGACCACUUCCUCCUGCGCUGGCUGCGAGCUCAGAACUUCGACCUGAAGAAAUCCGAGGACAUGCUCCGGAAGCACCUCGAGUUCCGGAAGCAACAGGACCUGGACAACAUCCUCACGUGGCAGCCCUCAGAGGUGAUCCAGCGGUAUGACUCGGGCGGUCUGUGCGGCUACGACUACGAAGGCUGCCCCGUGUGGUUCGACAUCAUUGGGAGCCUGGACCCCAAGGGCCUCCUCCUGUCAGCCUCCAAGCAGGAGCUGAUCCGGAAACGCAUCAAGGUCUGUGAGCGGCUUUUGCAGGAGUGUGAGCUGCAGAGUCAGAAGCUGGGCAGGAAGAUCGAGACGGUGCUGAUGGUGUUUGACCUGGAGGGGCUGGGCCUGCAACACCUGUGGAAGCCAGCUGUGGAGGUCUACCAGCAGGUAAGGCAGGAAUGUUGGAGUGUGGCCUCAACCCGACUCUUCUUGACGUCACAGUUUUUCGCCAGCAUGGAAGCAAAUUAUCCUGAGACAGUGAAGAAUAUACUUAUUGUUCGAGCCCCCAAGCUCUUCCCUGUGGCCUUCAACUUGGUCAAGUCGUUCAUAACUGAGGAGACUCGACGGAAGAUAGUGAUUCUGGGCGGCAACUGGAAGCAAGAGCUGCCAAAGUUCAUCAGCCCCGACCAGCUACCUGUGGAAUUUGGGGGGACCUUGACCGACCCCGAUGGCAACCCCAAGUGCCUGACCAAGAUCAACUACGGAGGCCAAGUGCCCAAGAGCUACUACCUGCACAACCAGGUGAAGGUGCAGUAUGAGCACACGGCGACCGUGGGCCGCGGCUCCUCCCUGCAGGUGGAGUUUGAGAUUCUGUUCCCGGGCUGUGUGCUCAGGUGGCAGUUUGAAUCAGAGAGGGCGGACAUCGGCUUCGGCGUUUUCCUGAAGACCAAGCAGGGGCAGCGGCAGCGGGUGGGGGAGAUGACGGAGGUGCUGCCCAGCCAGCGCUACAACGCCCACCUGGUGCCCGAGGACGGGAGCCUCACCUGCCUCCAGGCCGGCGUCUACGUCCUGCGCUUCGACAACACCUACAGCCUGAUUCACGCCAAGAAGGUCAGCUACACCGUGGAGGUGCUGCUCCCCGACAGGGCCUCCCAGGAGAAACUCCAGGGUCUCGAGGCGACAAAACCAUCCCCGGCACAAUGAAGACCCUGCUGCCUCUGCGCCUGGGUUCUCCACCCCCCUCUGCACCCACUCCCUGUCCCCUGCCCGCCCAGGCAGGGUGCUGCUGGGGGCGACCCAGAGGGCACUCACCUCCCAUCGCCAUCUCAGCUCCUCCUGGCACACCUGGCCCAGGGGCCAAGCAGGAGGUGACACCCUGAGGAUCCCGACGGGCAUCUGAUUACCUGUCUGCAAAGGCGGGGGAUGAGAACCCGAGGAUGAACCAGCACCCACUGAGGAAGGAUUCUGCCUGCAGAGCUGCCCGAGUCCCUCCUGACAACGCCCACCUGUCCCAGGACCACCCCCACCUGGCGCCCGGCGUGGCGGCCUGAGCCCCAGGCCUUGCAGGGAGCACAGCUUCAGGCCCUAAGAGCAGGGAGGCCGCGCUCUCUGCCGGAGGCGGCUCAGCGGGGACGGGCAGGGCCAGCUGGAGGCUUGAGAGUCUGCACAGGAGCUCCGACGCCAUGAGGAGCAAACCAGCUAAAUGAUCAAAACGCUAGCGCCUGUGCGUGAGGCGCUCCUCGUCUGCCGGGGCGCAUGAGUGGUUUGGUAAGAAAAGAGACUGCUGUGCCUGCAUUAGGGAGAUGGCCCGGGGCUGGGUGUCAGGCAGAAACCACGGGACAUGGUGUUCCAGGGCUGCUCCCCCAUCUCAGAGCGGGCUUUCCCACCACCUGGUGGCCCUUCGCUGUCACCCUCCGUGCAGCCUCCCAGAUGCAGCCACAUCUGGAGAACCCCGGGGCGCUCGGGCAUCCCAGAGCCAUUUCCGCUGCCCUUGGCAGGCUAGAGAGGGCACCGUGACCGGGGUUGGGGGGACCCUUUGCCAGGUUUUGCUGGGCCCACCUGUUGCUAUGACAGAGGCUCACAAUAGGUGACUUCCACCUUCACAAUCCCCUGCCUAAAAUCAAGCGGUUUAGCCCAGCUGUGGUGGCUCAGGGGUUGAGCAUUGACUUAUAAACCAGGAGGUCACGGUUCGAUUCCUGGUCAGGGCACAGGCCUGGGUUGCGGGCUCGAUCCCCAGUGUAGGG